GUGCAGUCGGUGAAAUGGCAGAAGCCAGUAUUUCAGUGUUUCAGGAUCAGUUCAGCUGUUCAAUGUGUCUGAAUCUACUGAAGGAUCCAGUGACUAUUAACUGUGGACACAGUUUUUGUAUGAGCUGUAUUACAGACUGCUGGAAUCAGGAGGAUCACAAGAGAGUUUAUAGCUGCCCUCAGUGCAGACAGACCUUCACUCCAAGACCUGCUUUAGGAAAGAAUGUGAUUCUUGCUGAGAUGGUGGAGAAACUGAAGAAAACUACACUUCAGACUGAUCGAGCUGCUCCCAGUUAUGCUGGACCUGAAGAUGUGGAGUGUGACGUCUGUACUGAGAGAAAACUGAAAGCAGUCAAGUCCUGUCUAGUGUGUCUGAACUCUUACUGUCAAACUCACUUUGAGCGACAUGAAGAACUUCAUUCAGGAAAGAGACACAAAGUAACUGAAGCCACUGGAAGACUUCAGGAGAUGAUCUGCUCUCAACAUGACAGAUUGCUCGAGGUUUUCUGUCAUACUGACCAUAAAUGUAUUUGUUUACUGUGUAUGAUGGAUGAACAUAAAAAUCAUGACACUGUAUCAGCUGCGGCAGGGAAACAGAAACUAGUGGAGGACAACCAGAGAAAGCACCAACAGAGAAUCCAGGAGAAAGAGAAGAAGCUUCAGGAUCUCAGAGAGGCUGUGAAGACACACAAGCGCUCUGCACAGACAGCAGUGGAGGACACUGAGAGGAUCUUUACUGAACUGAUCCGCUCCAUUAAGAGAAGAUUCCCUGUGGUGAUACAGCUGAUCAGAGAUCAGGAAAAGACUGCAGUGAGUCGAGCUGAAGGACUCUUGAAGGAACUGGAGCAGGAGAUUGAUGAUCUGAGGAGGAGACAUGAUGAGAUGGAGCAGCUCUCACACACAGAACAUCACAUCCAUUUCCUUCAGAGUUUUCAGUCUCUCUCUGAAUCUCUUGGAUCUACAGACAACAUCUCUGUCAGUUCUCUCCUCUCUUUUGAUGAUAUGAGAAAAUCUGUCAAUCAGCUGAAAGUUAAGGUGGAAGAUUUCUGUAAAGAGAUUGGAAAUAUAUCUGACAAAGCUUUGUCGACCAUGACAGAACGGUCAGACCAACAUCACGACCCAGCGGGACCGGAUCCCUUAUGCACGGCGCUCCCUGCCCAGGAGGUUGACGCCCUUCACAGGCAAGUGGCGGCGUUGCAGCUUCAGGUUUCGGAACUUCUCCGUGGUACCGACGGCGCUGUGGGAUCACCAUUUUCUCCACCACGCGGAGCCUCAACUGAUCCAGAGCCCCAUGCCAACAGUCCCCCACUUUACGACGAGGAUCCCAACUCCUGUCGGGCGUUUAUAUCGCAGUGCUCUCUGGUGUUCGCCCUCCAACCACGCCGUUAUUCGACAGAGGAGUCCAGGAUCACUUUCAUACUCACCUUGUUGACUGGAUGAGCACGCCAGUGGGGCGUCGUGGUGUGGGAGGCCCAGGACCCUUGUUGCCGUUCUUUUCGAGAGUUCCGGGAGGAGAUGACUAGCCUGUUCGAUAGGUCGGUUCGUGGUGAUGAGGCGGCGGCGCAGCUCUCACAUGUUGUCCAGGGAAGAGGCACGAUCACGGACUAUGCUAUUCGCUUCAAGACAUUAGCCGCGGCGUGUGACUGGAAUGCAGGGGCGCUACGUGCACGCUUUCUCGAUGGCCUUAACCCCAACAUCGCUGAUGAGAUCGCAGCACUGGAUUCCCCUCGUGAUUUGGAGGAGCUGAUCAACCGCUGCCUCCGAGUCGAGAGCCGGUUAACUGUCCGUCACCGGCGCCGCUCCUCUCCACCCUCCUGGCGACGCAGUGAGUCCAGCCGGGACACCAUCCGUGAGGCCAGCUGGGACGCCAACACCACCCACCACCCUCAACCGGACUCGGAGCCCAUGCAGAUCGGGCGGUCAUGCCUAACACCGGCCCAGAAGCACCAACGACUCAUGGACGGUCUUUGUUUUUAUUGUGGCAAGGCGGGUCAUUUAGUUAUUCACUGCCCGGCAAAAGCCGACGCCCACCCGUGGAACGGAGAUUACGGGUGGGCACCAUCUAUGAAUCCUCUCCGAACUCACGCACCUUGCUGCCAUUUCACCUCACCGCCGGCCUCACAACACACUCUGGUUUGGCCCUGAUCGACUCCAGGGCGGAAGGCAAUUUCCUGGACGGGGCCACGGCUCGGAAGUGGGGCAUUCCUAUUCACUCCAUAGAUCCGCCGAUCUCAGCCGCUGGCGGGACUGCCUCUAUCCACCGUCACCCACGUCACCUCUCACGUAAGCCUUUUUCUGUCUGGUAAUCACUGUGAGAAGAUUAGGUUGUACAUCCACGAUUCCCCCACUAACCUUCUGGUAUUAGGGCAUCCGUGGUUGUCACAGCAUAAUCCUCACAUUGAUUAGGUGAACACUUCUGUCUGAGCGUGGAGCCCUGCUUGUCAUGUGUCUUGUCUUGGUCCUGCUCCCUCUCCUGUCUCUGUGUCUCCUGUGUUACAGGUUAGUGACGCCGACUUGGCCGGGGUCCCGGGGGAGUACCACGAUCUGCGGUCCAUGUUUAGCAAGUCCCGGGCCACAUCCCUUCCUCCACAUCGGCCCUACGACUGCGUCAUCGACCUACUCCCAGGCACUUCUCCGCCUAAGGGUCGGUUAUUUUCCCUUUCGGGUCCUGAAAGAGAGGCCAUGGACAAGUAUAUUCGUGAAUCUAUUAACGCCGGGCUCAUCCGCCCCGCCUCCUCGCCGGCCGGUGUGGGUUUCUUCUUCGUGCAGAAGAAGGACGGCUCCCUUCGCCCCUGUAUUGACUAUCGAGGUUUGAACGAGAUUACUGUUAAGAAUAAAUACCCCUUGCCUUUAAUGUCAUCUGCCUUCAAACUUUUACAGGGAGCCUUCACUAAAUUAGACCUCCGCAACGCCUAUGAUCUGGUCUGCAUUCGCGAGGGGGACGAGUGGAAGACAGCAUUUAAUACACCAUCGGGACAUUACGAGUAUUUGGUUCUUCCGUUCGGGCUGACCAAUGCUCCUGCCGUCUUCCAGAACCUCAUCAAUGACGUGUUGGGUGACAUGAUUAACCGAUUUGUCUUUGUGUACCUGGAUGAUAUCCUAAUUUAUUCCCCCUCUCUCCAGGAACACACCCAACAUGUCAGAUGGGUUCUCCGGCGCCUUCUCGAGAAUCAAGGUGGAGAAGUGCGAAUUCCAUUCCAAUACUUUUUCGUUCCUUGGCCACGUGAUUUCACCCCGAGGCGUGGGACCGGAUGACGCCAAGAUUAAGGCUGUCGCCACAUGGCCCAUUCCCGACUCUCGUAAAGCACUGCAGCGGUUCCUGGGGUUCGCCAACUUUUAUGGUUCAUCCGGGGUUUCGGCCAGGUGGCCGCACCGCUCACAGCGUUGACCUCCACCAAGGUCUCGUUCUCCUGGAACUCCCUCGCUUAGGUAGCCUUUGAGAAACUCAAGUCCCGGUUUGUCUCUGCACCUGUGCUCUGUUUUCCAGAUCCGGAACGUCAGUUAUUGUCGAGGUCGAUGCUUCCGAUGUCGGGGUAGGCACAGUCUUGUCCCAGCGUGCCAGUCAUGAUGAGAAGGUACAUCCGUGCACUUUCUUUUCUCAUUGCCUGAGCCCUGCUGAACGGAAUUACGAUAUCGGCAACAGAGAGCUGCUGGCGGUUUGUCUAGCCUUGGGUGAGUGGCGUCACUGGUUGGAGGGUUCGACGCAGCCGUUCUUGGUCUGGAAGGACCAUAAGAACUUAGAAUAUGUCCGUUCAGCCAAGAGGUUGAACUCCCGUCAGUCCCGCUGGGCACUGUUUUUCGGCAGGUUCAACUUCACCCUGUCGUACCGGCCAGGUUCCAAGAAUAUUAAGCCUGACGCUCUUUCCCAUCUGUUCGAGAGCCCGGGCAGGGAGGAACCUGUUUACUCUAUCCUUCCUAGGGAUAGAGUGGUCGGUGCUCUUGCCUGGGAGAUCGAACAGCGGGUGGCAGAGGCCGGUCGCAGGGUGCAAGUGCCGGAAGGGUGCCCAGCGGGUGGGCUGUUCAUUCUUCCUCGGCUGCGCUUGGAGGUCCUCCAGUGGUGUCAUUCUUCCAGGCUGGUCGGCCAUCCAGGAGUCAAGGGAACCCUGGCAUGUGUACGUCAACGGUUUUGGUGGCUGUCAGCUACCGACGAUGUCAGACAGUUCGUGUUGGCUUGCCCGGUCUGCGCUCAGAGCAAGACUUCUCGCCGUCCACCUGCAGGUCUGCUCCAGCCCCUUCCCAUUCCCUCCCGACCCUGGUCACACAUUGCCCUGGACUUUGUCACUGGCCUUCCCCUGUCAAGAGGCAAUACCAUUAUCCUUACGGUGGUGGACCGGUUCUCCAAGGUGGCCCAUUUUAUUCCUCUUCCCAAGCUUCCCUCCGCCCGGGAGAUGUCCCAACUGAUGGUGGACCACGUCUUCCGGCUCCACGGUCUUCCGGUCGAUGUUGUGUCCGAUAGGGGUCCUCAGUUCACCUCCCAGUUCUGGAAAGAGUUCUGUAGGCAGAUCGGGGCCUCUACGAGUCUGUCCUCAGGCUUCCAUCCUCAGUCCAAUAGACAGUGCGAGCAAGCCAACCAGGAACUCGGAGGGAGACUCCGCUGUCUGACAUCCAACAACCCCGGCUCCUGGAGCCAACAGCUCUCAUGGGUGGAACACGCUCACAACUCCCUUCCCGUCUCUGCCACAGGUGUCUCCAUUUGAAUGCUGUCUUGGAUAUCAACUCCAUCUAUUUCCCCUUCAGGAACUCGAUGCUGCGGUUCCCUCAGCUCUGGCCUUUGUCCGACGGUGCCACCGGACUUGGACAAGGGCCAGAGAAGUUUUGGCCGAAACCUCUCUGAGGACCAAAGCAGCGGCCGACCGCCACCGGACUUCUCCCCCCCGCCUAUGUGUGCGGUCAAUGGGUAUGGCUUUCCACCAAGGACCUGCCUCUCCGGGUGCCUUCACGCAAGCUGGCUCCCAGGUUCAUUGGGCCAUUCCAUAUCGCCAAAGUGGGUAAUCCAGUAGCCGUGCGGCUCAAGCUUCCUCCUACUCUUGGUCGAGUUCACCCUGUAUUUCAUGUGUCCAGGGUUAAGCCCGUAGUCAUAUUUCAUCUCAACCCUGCCAGUUCUCGGCCCACCCCCCCUCCCCUUCGGCUCAUGGAUGGGAUUCCGGUGUAUACUGUUAAGAGACUACUGGACGUUCGCCGCCGUGGCAGGGGCUUCCAGUACUUGGUGGACUGGGAGGGUUAUGGCGCAGAGGAGAGGUCGUGGAUACCAUCUCGGGAUGUGCUGGACCGGUCGUUGAUCAUGGACUUCCACCGGAGAUGAGGUGAGACCCCUCCCUUAGCGCCUAGGGGCGCUGGUGGGGGGAUACUGUCACGACUCAGGUCAGGUCGGGGUAAUUGUCUGCACAGGAACGGUCUUGUUUUUGUCGAGCACGUGGAAACCGUCUACUGACGGCUGACCACGUGCUCGGAGUCUGCGUCAUUGUUCCCGCCCUCGUGUCUCCGUUAGAGGAUGAAGGUCCUGUCACAGCAGACCUUCAUCCUCUAAUGAAAAUGAAUUAUCACGGUUAGUGUGUACUGACGUGUUAAACAGGUUUCUUUUAAAGAUUAUGACAACUGCAACAGUUUAUACAAUUAAAAGAGUCUCCAUUAAUAUGACUACAUCAGCAACUGUUCAAAAUAAAGCUGAUACAUUGCAAAGUCAGUUUUCACAAAACCAAAUAAACGUAGAUUUUUAAAGGAACAAAAUAGAGGUUCAAUAUUCAGCCUUCACAAUUAGAAAUGUAAUUAAAUACAUGUAAAAUAUACUGGUAGAAAACCCUAUACAUGGUGAAAUUGUCACGACUCAGGUCAGGUCGGGGUAAUUGUCUUCACGGGAACGGUCUUGUUUUUGUCGAGCACGUGGAAACCGUCUACUGACGUCUGACUACGUGCUCGGAGUCUGCGUCAUUGUUCCCGCCCUCGUGUCUCCGUUAGGGCUUUCCUUGCACUGGUGUUUUUCCACUCAGCUCUCACACUCCUGUUCUCACUUCCCUCAUUAAGCCCGCUUGUUCCCGCAAUUGUCCCACACCCGUUGAUUAUUCCAGUCCAUCUAGGUUUCCUUUAUAAUCCCUCGAUGUUUCUUGUCCUGUGUCUGACCGUUGUGUGUUUCCACCUCAGACUGACCUAGGUGCUGCUGCGGCUCACCUAUAGCUUCUUGUUAUUUUCCUUAGCGUUUCUUAGACUUAGCCUUAGCCUUGCCACAGUCCUAGUCAUAGCCUUAGUCCUAGCUCCUCAAGUCGUUUUGCCUUCACGAACGUGCUUCUCUUGACUCUGUUUUCCUUAGCCUUUCUAGUGUAUUCUCACCUCUCUCCCAUCACG